AUGUCUUCUAGUGGGGAAUCUAAUUUUACUGGGGCAGACGGCUCCGGCGGUGCAGAGAUUACAUACUUCCAACACCAACAGCAGCAGCAGUUUCAGACGCCAUUGCAACCUCACACGAUACUGCUGAAGGAUGGUGAGACCGUGGCAACGAUGUAUCCAGUUCCGUCAUUUCAACACCUGCUGCCGAAGGGUCUACUUUCCUUUCUGCUGGAUGAGUUUAACAUGGAGGUUGUGAAGGGUGACUCGUUUCCUUACUACGAGACGCUGACGCUUUCUGAAUUCAAAGACGUGUGGUUGCAGAAAGAUGGGCAUGUCUGCGUCAUGGUUCUUGGGGAGAUACCGGAACUGGACUACAGUGUGGACAACGAUCUGACAGAUUUGGAGAAUAACUACGGUACGGAUAUCAAUACGAUGAGGAAGACCGCGCAGUAUAUCCGUAGAAAGGAUUCCAAGAAUCUGAAUUUGAACAUACAAUGGGAGAAGCAAUGUCUCGGGAUAUUCAGUGUCCAUCCGGCUUACCCAGGCCGCUCAUCGCACGUUGCCACGGGGACUUUCCUUGUCAAUGCUGGGAUUAGAGGUAAAGGUAUCGGGAAGACUCUAGUGGAAGAGUUUAUUGAAUGGUCGCCAAGGCUUGGGUACACGUCAUCGUACUUCCCCCUCAUAUAUGGGACAAACGUUGGGAUGAGACAGAUUCUGGAGGGGUUGAAUUUUAAGAGGAUCGGUGUUCUGCCGGAAUCCGGUAUCUUGAAAGGGUUUGACGUACCGAUCGACUCCUUCAUAUACGGUAAAGAGUUCACACACAUCACGCGAAGCAUGGAUCUCUUGCGGAACUCGAAUAAAUCUAACGAUUUGGCGAAAUACGAACGACUGCAAUACUACUUGGAGACAGGGAAAUACCCGCUGCACACAGAGAGGAACGAGAAGGCCAGGCUACGGGUCACUGCGAAGACGCACCAGUUGCUGAAUGGGAAGCUGAUGUUUCGUGGGAAGGAGGUUGUGUACGAUCCUGAGAAGCAACGACAGAUCGUGAUGGAUACGCACUUGGUCGAGCAUGGCGGGAUCAAUAAAAUAACAACAAAAGUUGGCGCGAAGUACCAUUGGAAAGGUAUUAAAAGCACCGUGUGCGAGGUGAUCGCCCAAUGUACCAAAUGCAAAAUGAGAUACCAAGAUGGUACUGGUGUGAUUGUAGAUGAUUCGGAUAAUAAAAGGGUGGCCAAGGCGCACAUGUUGCCCAACCACAAGAUCGAUACACGGGACCUUCGAAGGCUGGCAAAGCCGGAUAAUACAGUCAUGAACAGUGAUGUGAACCUAUCUGAGAUGGCCGAGGCCGUUGUGGGCUCCUUACAGAACCAGAUGAACUCCGAGGCCACGUAUAGUAACAAGCGGGAGUACUUAAGUGGCGACAACCACUACGACCACAGAAACAACGGCGACAGUAACCGCACGGGCAGUUUCCCCCCCACUGUCAAUACGAGCAAUUCAGGUACCGUAGAAGAUACCACUAUGAACUCGUUUGAUAAAUUUGUACAACAGACGCAGAGUCGGAAGAAAUCGAAGCACAGUUUACCAGCGAACAACAACAACAUAAUCAACGAUACGAUACUCAGUCUCGAGGACAACGUCAUGGCUGCCCUUGAGAUGGUUCACGAUGGUGGGAAAUCUGGCUCGAAAGUUGGAGACGACCACUCCCUGUACCAGCAGCCGGCCAUUGACAACAAUGUGAACGCUGUCUCUGACAGAGAUGUCAAUCAGAUCUCGAACAUACCGCUGAUAUUUGAUUUUGGCGACGAUUACUUGGAAGAAGAAGACGAGGAUUACGAAGAACCGACCAACGGUGCAGGGAAAAACGCAGACGAUGCAGAUGAUGAUGACGACGUGGACGACGACGUGGACGUUUUCGAGAGCGGGAUCCUGGACGAGUUGCAAAGUCUGCAAAACUUGGACGACGAUAUCCCCAAUUUCGCCAGCACAGGAUACAAUGCGAGUACUAAAUAA